GUCUAGGCCAGUUGCUUUUGCUUCGCGCACGCUUUCCGAGGCAGAGAAGAAAUAUAGCCAGCUUGAAAAAGAGGCGCUGGCCAUAAUCUUUGGCAUAAAAAAGUUUCACUGCUAUAUUUAUGGCCGCGCAUUCACUUUAAUCACUGAUCAUAAACCCUUACAGCAAAUUUUGGGGCCAACAACAGGUAUUCCGCCUAUCGCGGCUGCGCGCCUACAGCGGUGGGCUGUGACGUUGUCGGCAUACAGAUACGACCUUCUUUUUAGAAAAUCAGCCGAUAACGCAGAAGCCGAUUUUUGCUCCCGUUUGCCGCUACCAUGUGUGAAAGACGAAACGCAGGAGUCGGAAGAGACUUUCUAUUCAUUGCGGCUGGCCUCCCUACCAGUGUCGAGCAAGGGAAUUGCCCAUGCCACAGAGCAGGAUAACGAUCUGGCGAAAGUAAAAGAGUGCAUAAGCACAGGCUGGCCAAUAUUUGUCAAUGACCAUAGACUGAAACAAUACUUCGCCAGACGCAAUCAACUGACAUUGCAUGGAGGAUGCAUUUUGCUGGGAACGCGGGUAGUCAUUCCCGCAAAGCUGCAGAGAGCAGUUCUGGCCGAAUUACACGAGGGUCACCCAGGUAUAGUUCGCAGCAAGGCGCUUGCGCGUAGUUACGUCUGGUGGCCGUCCAUCGAGGGGGACCUUGAGCGUAUGGUGCAGUCAUGUACAGAUUGCCAAGAACAGCGCAGUGCCCCUUGCAAAGCUCCGUUGCACCCUUGGGCCUGGCCCUCAGCGCCGUGGCAGCGCAUACAUAUAGAUUUUGCAGGACCAUUUCAACAGUCAAUGUUUCUUAUAGUGGUCGAUGCUCACUCGAAGUGGCCCGAAGUUUUUAUGAUGCGUUCAACUACUGCAGAUGCAACAAUUGAGUGCUUACGAGAUGUUUUCGCUCGUUUUGGGUUCCCUGAGACAAUCGUGUCGGAUAACGGCCCACAGUUCACGUCAGAGGAGUUCAAGCAGUUUGUAAGGGAGAUGGGUUGCCGACACGUGCAAACAGCCCCCUACAAUCCCAGCACCAAUGGACUUGCGGAGCGUUUCGUACAGACCCUGAAGAACGCGCUAAAAAAGGAUGACGUGCAUCAACCUAUGAAGGUAAAGCUCAACAAGUUUCUGCUCGCUUAUCGCAACACGCCCCACGCUACGACACACGAGGCACCAGCCAACUUGUUGUUGGGGCGACGUUUGCGCACCCGCCUCGAUGUACUCAAACCCGCCGUGGGGGAAAGGGUGGCUUACAAUCAGUUCAGACAGACGGUGAACCGACAGUGUCGUGUGCGUGACGUGAGUGUUGGUGAUCAUGUACUUGCACGAAAUUACAGGGGACAGCCCAAAUGGGUACCAGCUGUGGUGAUGGCUCAAAGUGGACCAGUGUCUUUCAGGGUACGAGCGUCGACAUCUUCAGGAUGCUUCGAGUGGCGGCGCCACAAGAACCAGCUACUUCAAGGCACGGCAGGGCUUGCCGAAGACGUCGCGCAAGACGACGGUUUCUCCGUGUGGCCACAGAGUGACACCGAACCGGAGCCAGCACCUUCAUUGCCUGCAGCUAGGGUUUCGCCUUCACCACCGACGUUGCUGACAGACACUUCUCGAGGCGACCUGGAUCGGCGCUACCCGCUACGAAAUCGCCGACCGCCUGAUUGGUUCUGAGAGGGAACGUGAACUAUUAGCUUCCGAAUAAAAGCAGAGGAAGUGUGGUGUUCGCGAUAGCACACCUGAUAACCGAACUGUCGUUAGUGCGCAUGCGCCCACUAGUGCUUAAAUGGUAACGCUCAAAGCACUGUCUUCCAUUCCCGUGAUGUAACCCCAGUCGUACGCUUCGGCAAUAAACGCUGUUGUUUGCCCGUUGGA